GCUUCAUGUUAAAUUAGUCAUGAAAGAAUAGUGUUCAAUUUUGGGUGAUUACUAGAAUAACGUGAAAAAUGUCAACACUCGCAGCCGCUUUGACCGUAAAUGGUACCAGACAAUCUGGUCAAUCAAUUCGAACACAAAAUGUUAUGGCAGCAUGUUCUAUUGCAAAUAUUGUGAAAAGUUCAUUGGGUCCUGUGGGAUUGGAUAAAAUGUUAGUGGAUGAUAUCGGUGAUGUUACGGUUACUAAUGAUGGAGCCACAAUUUUACGAUUAUUGGAAGUUGAACAUCCAGCCGCCCGUGUACUUUGUGAGUUAGCACAAUUACAAGAUGAUGAAGUUGGUGAUGGUACUACUUCAGUUGUUAUCGUUGCCGCUGAAUUACUUAAGAAUGCCGACGAAUUGGUAAAACAAAAAAUUCAUCCAACUUCAAUAAUUAGCGGUUAUCGAUUAGCAUGCAAAGAAGCUUGCAAAUAUAUUCAAGAACAUCUCACCAUUCCUGUUGACGAAUUGGGCCGUGAAUGUAUCAUCAAUGUCGCUAAAACUUCAAUGUCUUCAAAAAUUAUUGGAGCUGAUGCCGAUUUCUUCUCAGCAAUGGUUGUUGACGCAACACAAGCUGUAAAAAUAACCGACGCAAAAGGUAAUGCCAGUUAUCCAAUAAAAGCGAUAAAUGUAUUAAAAGCACAUGGUCGAAGUACACGGGAAAGUAUCUUAGUACAAGGUUACGCCCUCAACUGUUCAAUAGCAUCACAACAAAUGCCAAAGAAAAUCUUAAAUGCAAAAAUAGCAUGUCUUGAUUUUUCAUUACAAAAAGUUAAAAUGAAAUUAGGCGUUCAAGUAUUAAUAUCUGAUCCAGAAAAAUUAGAAGGAAUACGUGCCCGUGAAUUAGAUAUUACAAAAGAACGUAUUCAAAAGAUAAUCGCAACCGGUGUUAAUGUGGUUUUAUGUUCGGGUGGUAUUGAUGAUUUAUGUUUGAAAUAUUUCGUUGAAUGUGGAGCAAUGGCCGUUCGACGUGUCAAGAAAUCCGAUUUAAAACGUAUUGCAAAAGCAACUGGUGCUGGUUUUAUUACAUCGUUAACGAAUAUGGAAGGUGAGGAAACAUUUGAUGUGUCCAGUGUUGGAGAAGCUGCUGAAGUUUGUGUUGAAACUAUUUGUGAUGAUGAACUUAUUUUAAUCAAAGGACCAAAAGCACGAACAGCUGCAUCAAUUAUUUUACGUGGCCCCAAUGAUUUCUACUGUGAUGAAAUGGAACGAAGUAUUCAUGACGCUAUUUGCGUUGUAAAACGUGUCUUAGAAAGUCGUUCAGUUGUUGCUGGUGGUGGAUCUGUUGAAGCUGCCCUUUCUAUUUAUCUAGAAAAUUUCGCUACAACUUUGAGCUCCAGAGAACAAUUAGCAAUCGCUGAAUUUGCAAAAUCAUUAUUAGUGAUCCCAAAAACAUUAGCUGUGAAUGCCGCAAAAGAUGCAACCGAUUUAGUUGCAAAAUUACGUGCAUAUCAAAAUUCAAGUCAAACAAAAGUUGAUCAUGCCCAUUUAAAAUGGGUUGGUUUGGAUUUAAUCGAAGGUACCGUACGUGAUAACAAACAAGCGGGUGUUUUGGAACCAGCUAUGUCGAAAAUUAAAUCAUUGAAAUUUGCAACGGAAGCAGCAAUCACAAUUUUACGUAUUGAUGAUAUGAUUAAAUUGAAUCCGGAAUCGAAGGGACAAGGUGGUGGAUCGUAUCAGGAUGCUUUGGCCAGUGGACAAUUAGGUUAAACUUUGUAUUUGUUUAAUUAAUUUUUAAAUUAACAAAAUUUUCAUCAUUUAAUCUAAUUUUUUUUUGUAAGAAGUAUUUGCAUUUUUUUCUCAACACAAUAUUUUAUUAUUAAUGUUUAAAA